AUGGAUAUUCUAAGGACCAUGGGGCAAGAGACUAAUGACACGAACGUGGCGUUCAGUCCACUGAGUAUUAGUACGGCUCUCGCUGCUGUGAUGAUUGGUUCAAGUGGAGACUCCUUACUGACUCUCCGUCACGCCCUCUAUCUUUGGGGAAUGCACCCUAAACAGAUCCAUGAAGCUUUUCACGACCUGCUACUUCAUCUGUCAGCUAAUCUGCAAGCCACAGUGAUCGAACAAUCGAAGACUCUUUUAAAACAAGAAACUGACAAUGAGUUACUGUUUUAUAGUUCUAUGUAUGUUCAGAGGGACUAUGGAAUCAGUUACCCAUUUCAGAUGUACCUUCUCAAAUUCUUUAAUAUGACAGUUCAUUUGGUGGAUUUCCACCGAAACGGAGAAGAGAUAAAAAAUCACAUCAAUGCUAUAAUAGCCAAGAAGACAUCUGGUAAAAUUUUGGAAAUUCUCCCAAACAACCUUGAAAUAACAACAAGCAUGCUAUUCCUAAACGGAGUCUACUUUCAAGGGUUGUUGGACAUGGACAUGACUGUGAUAGAAGACUGUUCUUCAGGAGACGUUCCUCCAGAUAUGUAUUUUAACAACAAUGGUUUCAACAACGAUCUAGUUCUACUAGAAGCCAGGAAAGUCAGAGUGCGGUACGUCGAAGAUAAUUAUCUCAAUUGUAAAGCUGUGGAAGUUCCUUUCAAAGGUAGUUUCUUGUCAAUGGUAGUUCUACUUCCUAAUGAUCCAGAAGGUAUGUCGCUAUUGGAAACAAGACUCUCCGCUCAACGGCUUAAUGAUGUCAUGUUUAAUAUGGAAGUCAAGAGAAUAAAUCUUCAGAUUCCUCGAAUAAGGCUGGAAAAUACCUAUCAAAACCUGUCACAUAUCCUUAGGUCCAUGGAAAUUACUAACAUCUUCAAUCCGGGUCAUGCUAACCUCUCUGGCAUGAGCAAGUUUCGUUGGCUACAUGUGACGGACAUCAUUCAUAAAACUUACAUAGAGAUCAAAGAAACUGAAUCUGAAGCCGCAUUAGCGACAUCUGCUGACGAAGAUGCAUUUAACAUGAAACUAAACAAACCUUUUUUGUACUUCAUCAUGGAUAAUAUCAGUGGUUUAUCUAUAGUUAUCUCACCUGUACAGGAAUGUACUGGUGAAUGUGGCGAUUUUGGGGACAGCAUUGAGCCUCUCCAGGCAGGGAGCUAUACAGGCAGUGCAGACAUGGGUGUUGAAAAAGCCUGGGGUCAUGCAGAGCCAAUGGAUGGGUUACAGUAA